AUGUCUGCAAGCGGAGCAUUUGGACCUGCGCCCCCGGGCAUUGACCUGUCCGAAACCAAGAAUGGCGCCGUCAUCAGAGCAGUCGUCAGCCUGAUGGUCAUCGGGACCCUCGCCGUCAUGCUCCGUUUCGUGUCGCAGUUGAUGCGCGAGAAGGGAAAAUUCUCCUGGGACGACUACUUGAUCAUCCCGGCAUUGGUGAGUUUCGCCGAUAUUGAGGACCAAAAGUUUGACCAAAAUGGACUAAUUCGCGACAAAAAAACAGCUUCUGGCACAUGGUACAGCAGUCUGCUCGCUCGUCUUCCAUACGGGGGCGGCAAGCAUCUUUGGGCCGUGACGGGACAGGACUUUACGACCAUCUGGCAGAUUCUCUUCUCCUACGUGAUGAUCUACGCAGGCGCCGUCAGCUUCACCAAGGCAUCCAUCGUCAUGUACUACUGGCGCCUCUUUCGCCAGAAGUGGUCGACCUAUCUCGGUCUGUUCUUGGUCUGGAGCUACUUUGUCGUCAUUGUCGUCACCAUCAACACCGGUUGUCAGCCAUUGGAGUAUUUCUGGUAUACCACCCCCGGGGCCAAGGGUCACUGUAUUGACGUGCCGUUGUUCUUCUUCGCCAAUGGCAUCUGGGCCAUGCUUGUCGAUGUUUGUAUUUUGAUCAUUCCGAUCCGACCACUUCUGGGAUUGCGCAUGUCGACGAGGAAGAAGGUCAUGGUUGGCGGUGUCCUUGGACUGGGAGGCUUUGUCUGCAUCGCCUCGAUCGUGCGCAUCAUCUCGAUCCACCACCUCAUCAACAACGACGACCUGACCUGGUCCAUGGCGAGCGUCUUCAUCUGGUCGUGCUGCGAACCUUUCAUCGGCAUCCUCUGCGCCUGCAUGCCGUGCUACGCGCCGCUUCUCCGGCGCUUCUGGAAAUCGGCCGGCUCGCAGUCCCGAUCGGCGCCCACCAGCGGCUUUUCCAGCGGCAACAUGGGGUCCUCCGCCAUGGCAAAGUCCGGCGCGAGCAUCCCGAUCAAGGUCAAGCGGGACUGGGACCGCAUCGUCAACCCGACCUUCGGCGACGACGAGGUCCAGUUGACCACCUACACGACGGGGCCCGGAAGUACCCGCACCAAGGGCAGUGAUGAGUCAAAGGGCAUUACCGUCAAGACGGACAUUCACUGGGAAUCUCACGCCGUUUAA